GGCAGCACUGCUCGCUCCCAUAUCUCUGCGGCCGCUAGUUUAUUUACCGAUUUACCUCGUUUACGGCGAUCGGCGUUUUCAGCUAAUAACAAAUACUGUCCAGAUGAACACAUAUUGAGCUUGUGUUGAAACAAUCGUUCGACUUGUGUGCCGAAGGAGUGCUGAAGACUGUAAAAUCAUAAAUUGUUCCUCUCCAGCGCUUAAAUGGCAGGAGAAUUCUACUUGCGUUAUUACAUUGGACACAAAGGAAAGUUUGGACAUGAAUUUUUGGAGUUUGAGUUCCGUCCUGAUGGUAAACUACGAUAUGCCAACAAUUCCAAUUACAAAAAUGAUACAAUGAUCCGUAAAGAGGUAUAUGUUCAUCAACCAGUAAUUGAUGAGCUCAAACGGAUUGUUUCCGAUUCUGAGAUUAUGCAUGAAGACGAUGCGCUAUGGCCACCACCGGACAGAGUUGGUAGACAAGAGUUGGAGAUUGUUAUUGAUGAUGAACAUAUAUCAUUUACCACUUCUAAAACUGGAUCAUUAUUAGAUGUAAACACAUCCAAGGACCCAGAAGGCCUUAGAACGUUUUACUAUUUAGUUCAAGAUCUAAAAUGUUUUGUAUUUUCAUUGAUAUCAUUGCACUUCAAGAUCAAACCAAUUUCAUAAGGAGAUUUUUUUGAUAAAUAAAUUAAAAUAUUUAAUUUAUUGCUCUAUAACAAAAAAAAAAAAUCUAAAUGUUCUUAAAAAGUGUGACCUAAUUUUCAGUUUAAUCAUAGUAUAAGUUUUAAAUGUUUAGCUAUUAUUUUUCAACUUUUAUACAUUCAUUAAUUUAAGUUUUUGAAACUGUCAACAAAUUAAAAAAAAAACACUGAAUCAUUUAUACUGAUUUAAUAUUAUAUAUAUUAUUAUUUGAAAAAUACUAGUAAUCUAAGUUGAUUUAAAAGUUAUUAUUUAUAAAUAUUGACAAAUAUUUUGAUAUAUUCUCCAUUUUAUAUUCAUUACAAAUUAAAUAAAACAACAAUUUCCAAACAGAAUUAAAAUCUUAAUUUUUAUGAAUACCUUUAUUAUUAAUAUAAUAUUAUACAUAUUUGACAUUUUCAGAUUUGUAGAUUAUAAAAUGUUACGUAUCGAAAUACAGAAAUAGUCAGUAGUACUAUUUUAAAUGUUUUUUUAUGAGUAUUAGCUAGACAUUUUCUAAUGUACUUGAAUCAUAUUUAGAGUAUAAAUUGUAACUGGUAUUUAAUUAAUUUUAAAUUAAUAACCAGAAAAUGGUAAUAUGAACUAAUUAUAAAAUAUUUAGUUAGGUAUAUAUGUAAAAAAACAUGUAUCUGACUAAAAAAUUGUAUUCAAUGUAUUGUUUAUGUAAAGGUUUGUACAGUGUACAUAACAAGUUAGUCUAUACUUAAAAAAAAUCAUAUUAUGUUGGAAUUAUUAAUUUAUAUUUCACGUAUUAUAUUUAAUAUAAACUAUCUGUUAUUUA